CAAUGUGACGUCAUGAGUGUUUGUUGCCAUGAAACGUUAGCCUGGCCGUCGUGUAAAUACUAUUUGAAUAACGUUGGAAAUAAUGAGAAACUCCUCUGACGCAUUUUAGCUGGACUGCAGCGAGAAUGACAUUUGUUAUCCCAGUCACAAGGUACAGCCAACAUUAACAUUAGCUUUGUGCUAAAGCUAGCUUACUGUGUCGGUCACCUUGUGACGUCGCAUAUGUGGGACAGCUCAAGCUCGUUUGCAGUUUUUCCACAUCUGUAUGAUAAUACACUAAUAAGCAGUUAACAGCUGUGCUGCAGAGUUACUGGUUAACAGAAUUUAGUUAGCUAUUUAAGACGUCGUCGGACUUGAAACCUCCAGUGUCACCUGUCCUUCACGUGUAGUUGACUUCCAGUUUGUUUAUGCUUUGGAUUUCCUCAGGGUGCGUAUGUUUUUGUAGCUGCCCUCCACUCCAUUGUUUCUGCUUUGAAGCCGAGCGGCUGCAAUGCAUAUUAAAGAAGAGACUAUAGCCAGAUUAAAGCAGUUUGACACUGGAGACAAGUUCUCCUCUCUGUCGGUGCUGCCCAAAGCCUCAGUGCUGAUCCCGCUGUUUGUGAAGAAUGGAGAGCUGUGCACCUUGAUGACCCUGCGUUCACAAGAGCUUAAGAGAAGUGCUGGUGAGGUGUGUUUCCCAGGUGGAAAGAGAGACCCCAGUGACAGAGAUGAUGUGGACACAGCUCUGAGGGAGGCAGAGGAGGAGAUAGGUCUACCACCUGAUGAUGUCCAGGUGGUCUGUAGACUGGUCCCUAUUGUCAGUAAGGGUGGUCUGUUGGUGACUCCGGUGGUCGGCUUCAUCAAUGAGUCAUUUUGUCCCCAUCCAAACCCAGCUGAGGUCAGUGCUGUGUUCACAGUCCCUCUGGACUUCUUCACCAGCGACAAGGACCACUAUGCUACCCAAUGGGCUGAUGGGAUGAAGGGGAAGCAGCACUCUUUUUAUUUUGUGGACCCUGAUUCAGGAAGCCAGUAUCACAUAUGGGGCCUGACUGCCAUGAUUGCCAUACUGGUCGCUGCGCUGGCUCUCAGGAAAAAACCAGAGUUUGAUGUCGCUUUCAACCCUGAGGAUCCGUUAUCGGUCUUCCAACAGAUACUAAAUAGAAGAAUUAGUAAACUAUGACUAUUUUUUUAUGUUUGUAAUUAAUUUGUGCUAAUACAAAAUACCUGAAGCCA